UUGACAGUACAGGGAGGAAAUAACGAACUGAUUUUUUACAGGCAACCAUCAAGUAGUUAGCCGUCGUCUUUGGGCUUUUUUUUGGUUAUACAGUCUUCAGCGGGCAGUUAAUUGAUAAACGGUAACACCACAGCGGCUGUCCUCGUUUUGGGUGGACCGGGUAGCAAGAGCCCAAAAGCCGAAGUUACGUUAGCUUUGUAGCUUCUUUGCAGAGAGCAUCUGAAGUUAGUUAGCUGAAUUGACGCAAAUUACGUGGUGGCUGCUAGCAGUGUAUUUUAUGAUAAACUGCGUAGCUAGCUAACCCACCACGGCUAACAUUGUCCAACUUUUUCGAGGUGGUUCAAGAUGCUUGCUGAUUGAGGUUGACGGGGAUUCUCCUUGCUAAUCCAGGCCACUGUUGUAAGCUAACGUUAGCUACCUGCCUGGAAACACUGGCUGCAAGUAAAGCAUGUUUGCGUGUUAUAAACAUUAGGAAAAAUCACCAAGACAGAGCUAGGACUUGGGCUGAAACCAUGGCAGAUGAAAAUACACAGUUCUGUGGCAAUUGCAAACAUGACAUUCCAGAGGCCAAUUUUACUACCCAUGAGAUCCACUGUAGAAGAAAUAUCGCACUAUGUGAUGUGUGCCAGGAGCCAGUGCCCCGGUUAGAUCUGAAUGAGCACAAACAGCAGGAGCAUACACAGAUUACAUGCAGGUGUGGUUUGAAGAUUGAGAAGAAUCAUAUUGAUGUUCACCAGAGCUCUGAAUGUUCUCAGCGGCUGGUCGCCUGCCAAUACUGUGAACUGGAGAUUGUUUACAGUCAGUCCAAAGAACAUGAGGAUUAUUGCGGUACACGCACUGAGCCCUGCUUGCACUGCAAGUGCAAUGUAAUGCUGAGGGAACAAGCUGUGCAUCCAGUCUUAUGUGGGAGCCUUACUCCGCCCCAAGAGAGGAACAACAGCCGGACAAGUCGCAGUCCAGUAGACCCACAGUCUCCAGGACCAUGGUUUGAAGCCCACUCCAUCCGAAAUCUUCUACGAGCCCAAGAGAGAGGGCCAAAAAAUAACAACAUCAGUGCAGCAGAACAACAAGCCUUUCCGCAGCCAUUUGAUCCCAGAGUUUAUAACACUUCAAGGGGACCUCAAGGCUCAGGAGACUUGAAGAAUACUGCCCCGAGAAAUACAACAUUUAGCCACUUUCUGGGGCAGGGUGAUUUUCUGACUAGCAGCAGCAGCAGCAGCAGCAGCAGUAGUGCGUGGCCACAUAGUGAGCUCACACUGGAUGAGGAUUCAUCAGGUCUGGACUACAUGUUGGCUCUCAGUCUGCAGAGUGAUGGAGAAUCAGUGGCAGGAGGUGUGGAGGGCAACCUGUGGAGUGGUAUCUGGGACCACAAGAUCGGGAAGACGUCUAACACCUCUGCACAUUCUCCACUCUCUCCGCCCAACAACAACCACCCAAACUUCACUACAGGCACAAGUGCAGUCCAGGACCACGAUCAAACAGAUACCAUGCUGCCUUGUGAGUUUUGCGAAGAGCUGUUUCCCGAAGAGGACCUCAUUUUGCAUCAGACGGGGUGCAGCCCUGCCUCCGCCUUUGCGUCUUUCAGCAAGCAGCCAGCGUCUCCUCCUAGAGAGGACAGGGUGAGCAGGAAUGCUUCAGGGCUGAUGCAUAGCCUGCCUGACACACUCGCAUCAAACAUUCCCACUUUCCCGCGGUCAGUCUCCCCGGCCUCCUACAGUCCUCCAGCCAGCCCACUAGAGGGCGACGUGGUCAUUCCAUGUGAAUUCUGUGGCGUUGCACUGGAAGAGGCUGUCGUCUUUCACCAUCAGGACAAAUGCGACAUGCGUCCUCAGACUACCCAUCCACUGAACAAUCUCACAAAAGCAUCUGUCAAGAAACCACUGAGCCCUGCUGGAGACACCUUUGGCCAGAUAUCUCCAGUUAUUCAAAGGAGGAUAAAGCAUCAAACUGACUUCUUGGAGGACUUCGGAUAUGACAGAGACACACCACCAAGGGAAUGGCACAGAGGCUACAUUGGACUGCCAAGUCAAAGGAAGACGUCCAACUAUGAUGUUUCUGUAAAAGACAGAGUGCAGCAUGGCAGGGAAGCAGAAGGGGCUCAGUCAGCUUUCUGUGACACUGAGAAGUCUGGUUCUGCAUCUUUAAAGGGACUUCAUCCACCAGAAAAUAAAGAAGGGAGAGGCAACAUAAGGAAUCCAAUGACAAAGUUGCCCAAGAAGCAGAAUGAAGAGCAGCAGGAAGAGUGAGAGCAGGAACAUCUGGAGAAAUAUAAAAACCAAAUCUCCUACUCUGCUUUUCAUUUAUCUUUUUGCACACUUUUGAAGAUGAAACAUAUACCUAUGAUAAGUGCCUGUGUGAGUAUCAGUACCUUGCAGUUUAUAUUUUGAUGUAUUUUACAAUUAAAGUCUCAGCAAGUAAUUUGGUUUAUCAUGCAUAUUCUGUUUUGUUUUGUUUGUUUCAGAUGUUUGUAUGUGUAACAAUAAGCCUUAACAGUUAAAUUAUAAAAUGGAUCUUAUUUGUGCUGAAUUUGAUUUGAAGUUUUUUUUUUUUUUUUUUUUUUUUUUACUGUACAAGGCAUGUCAGGACUCAUUAAGAACACUGAGAACAUCAAACGCAGACACAUGACUUUGUCGGUGUGCAUUCGUCUCACUUAAUCUUUACCUUGUUACUUCAGCCAAGGACGUUUUGUUUUCACCCCUGUAUGUUCCUUCAGGAUUCUUUCUUUCUGCAUCCUUGUGAAACCUAAAGCACUUUGAUAGAGUAUUUUGUUUAAAAAGGGCUUGAGGAACUGAUUUGAUAAAUUUAUGCAUCUUUGACCAAGAAAAAAAAAAAGGAUUAUUGAACAUUUGUCUUUUUAUA